CACGUCAGCACCACUUGUUUCAGACUUGCAGCAGGAACAGCCGAAACAGCAGUUGACGCCGUUCCAGCCACAUCCGUCCCGACCUCUGCGUCCCCUGGUAGCAGGACCCCAGCAACACGGAAGGAGGGAGGUGAGCACCAUGGUAAGAUCUAUCCCGACCCUCUGCGCCCCUUGACACGGAUCUACCGCAACCCAACUCGCUUUCCCGUAUCUGAUUUUGCAUGUCGGCGCUGUUCAACUUCAACACCUUCCUGACCGUGGUGUUGCUGGUGAUCUGCACCUGCACCUAUAUCAAGAUGCAGUUCCCGGCCAUCCUCAACGACCGCACAGGAUUCCGUGGUUUCUUUUGGAAAGCUGCCAGGAUAGGUUUGGCACAUUGGCUGCAGGAGAAGAGCGAGGAGCUCGAGGCACAGGUGGAGGAGGAGCAGAGGCAGUAGCACAUUGCCUGCAAGAAGGGAAAGGGGGCUUGAGGGAUGGCGUGGCGCUCAGGCACAUGCACUGUGGGGUCCACGGGUGUGGCUAGGCUUUCAGCAGGCGGAGUGGCAAGGCGAGUGUCAUGUUCGGUAUUACCACUGUCAUCAUCGUGCCAGGCUAUUUCAACAUGCUCAGAGACUUGUGGCUUGCCAGCUUUGCAUCUGGGUCUACUGUGCUGUUCAUCAGUUCUGUUGUUCUUGCUGGCAAGGCAGGAAUCCAAUUAAUAAUGAGUAGCUCGUCAAGAUAUUUACCACCAAGCUAUUUAUUAUGGUAGGUAUUCAUCCAUUUAAUUCCACCCGAUGACCCAAGGACCUUCACAUCUUCAGUACAUUGAAUUGAACUAUGUCUGCCAAUUUCAAAAAAAAAAAAAUUCAAAAAAAAGAACUAUGUCUGUCACCUUGUGUCAGCUUCAUCAGAUUGAGAAUCAAUAGAUCAUGGGGGUAAGGGAUCCAAUGUGCUUCUGGGGAUUGCCUCAUCCUGCUUGUGGAAGAGUGACGUUCCUUGCCUCAGUCGUGUCUUCCUAUCACAUCUAUGGGUGCCACCGGUGCUCAUGGCUCUUUUCGUCUUUCUGACGUUCUUGUUGCACCUUCUAUGGUCCACAACCUUCUUUCUAUUUGUCAAUUUACAGCUGACAAUUCCUGUUCCAUUGAGUUUGACUCUUCUAGUCUUACUGUGAAAGAUUUGGCUUCCCAGCGUCCUCUGCUCCGAUGUGACAGCACAGAGCCCCUUUACACUCUUUGGUUUCUGGCGUCUUCUUCCUCUUCAUCGUCGGCUCUUCUGUCUGCUGUCUUUGCUACGAUGCCUUCCUCCACUACUUGGCACCGUCGUCUCGGCCAUCCUGGACAUGAUGCGUUGAUGCACCUUAGUCGUAGCUCUGACAUUCGUUGUACUCGAGCUCACGAUGAGCAUUUGUGUCAUGCGUGCCAACUAGGCCGCCAUGUUCGUCUUCCUUUUCAGUCUUCUUCACAUGCGGCUCAUGUUUUUGAUCUUGUACACUGUGACCUAUGGACAUCUCCUGUCAUGAGUAUGUCUGGCUAUAAAUACUAUUUGGUGGUGGUUGGUGUUUUUCUCAUUA